AUGCGCUCACGAACGAACACCCUCGCUCUAGGCCUUGUGGCUACGGGAUCCCUAGUCGCUGCUGGACCCUGCGACAUCUACGCUACCGGCAACACGCCAUGCAUCGCCGCUCACAGCACGACACGCGCCUUGUAUAGCUCCUUCAAUGGCUCCCUCUACCAGAUCAAACGAGGCUCUGAUGGUGCUACGGCCAACGUCGCACCUAUGUCUGCUGGUGGUGUUGCCAACGCGGCAACGCAAGACCAGUUCUGCGCUAACACAACUUGUCUUAUCACUAUCAUCUAUGAUCAGUCUGGUCGUGGUAACCAUCUCACACAAGCUCCACCAGGAGGCUUCCAGGGCCCGGAAGCUAACGGAUAUGACAACUUGGCUGGAGCUAUUGGUGCACCAGUCACCCUGAACGGCCAGAAAGCAUAUGGCGUCUUUGUCUCGCCAGGCACUGGUUAUCGCAAUAACAAAGUAAGCGGUUCAGCGACUGGUGAUGCAGCAGAGGGCAUGUACGCCGUGCUCGAUGGCACACAUUACAACGGCGCAUGUUGCUUUGACUACGGCAACGCAGAAACCAACAACCUGGACACAGGAAACGGACACAUGGAAGCCAUCUACUUUGGCGACAACACUGUGUGGGGUUCUGGCGCCGGCAGCGGACCCUGGGUCAUGGCUGAUCUCGAGAACGGCCUUUUCUCUGGCGCAAACCCGAAAAACAAUCCUGCUGACCCCACCGUCACCUCACGCUUCUUGACCACCAUCUUGAAGGGUGGACCAAACAAGUGGGCUAUCAAAGGUGGCAACGCAGCAUCCGGGGCACUGUCAACGUACUACAACGGUGCGCGCCCCAGUGCGUCGGGCUACAACCCCAUGAGCAAGGAAGGCGCCAUCAUCCUAGGUAUCGGCGGUGACAACAGUAACGGUGCUCAGGGAACCUUCUACGAAGGCGUCAUGACAUCGGGUUACCCGACUGAUGCAACGGAGGAAGCCGUUCAAGCUAACAUCGUUGCGGCGAAAUAUGCUACCACGAGUCUGACAAGUGGCCCUGCAUACACUGUGGGUUCUUCAAUCUCUCUACGCGCAACUACGGCUGGGUACACGGAUCGGUAUCUCGCGCAUACUGGCGCUACAGUGAAUACGCAAGUUGUAUCUUCAUCUAGCACUGCUUUGCUCAAACGUCAGGCUAGCUGGACGGUGCGCGCUGGUCUCGCCAACUCGGCCUGUUUCUCCUUUGAGUCGAAAGAUACCGCUGGAAGUUAUAUCCGCCACUACAACUUUGUGUUGCAGCUUGCGGCGAAUGAUGGAUCCAAGGCGUUUAAGGAGGAUGCGACGUUUUGUCCCCAAGCCGGCUUUACUGGCUCUGGCAGCUCGAUCCGAGCGUGGGGAUAUCCCACUCGUUACAUCAGGCAUUACAACAACAUCGGGGACAUUGCGAGUAACGGCGGUGUUCACGACUUUGAUGCGGCGGCAGGAUUCAAUGCUGACGCGACUUGGGCGCUUAGCACAGGGCUGGCUUAG